AUGUCUGUUAUUCAGCAAACAUGGCGGCCUCCUGUUUGGUAGCAGUCCGAACAGCUUUGACGGCCCCGACAGUGUGUCACCUUCUGAGGCGACAUGUUUCCUCCUCUGCCGGGCUGUGGAGCUCCGAGCAGACACGGAGAGCCGCGGGGGGGCCAGAAUACAUCCCCAGGGGGAAGGGGAAGAGCCCCAUGAUGAAGAUAGGCUAUGCCUGGAUGAUUGGACUACCUGCGGGAAUAAUGAGCUUCUUUCUGGUCAAGAGGCAGGUGGACAAAAACCGCCUGAAGCAGCUGAAGAUUCGACAGAGGAUGAGACAAUCAAACGAAGGCGAUUACGACGGGAGCCGCUACCGCCAACGUGUACAGAGUGUCAAACCGGACUGAAGACGUGCUCCACAUCACGUUCUCAGGGACACCUGGACUGCUUAAGAAAGACAUGGUUUAAUAAAAAUCACCUCUGGUGUAACUGCACACAAACCACAAGACGUUUCAGCAAAGAAUUUAUUUUAAAUCAAAAAGCAAUCUGCUUUGUUUAAGGAUUGAUAUGUACACCUUUCACCCACACCACUAAUCUUUAC